AUAGAUUGAGUGAUGCUAUAGGGCGUCAAAGAGAAUUAGGAAUAUUGAUCGGUGAUGAACUGGCUUAUCAAGUUGAAUUAUUAGAGGAUACAGAGCACGCGGUCGAUCGGACGGAAAGAGCCCUAGAUAAAGCAAAAAGAAGUCUCACAAAAAUCUCAAAAAAAGUUAAAAAUAAAA